AACGAGCCUGCAUCGUCCGUGACAAUCCCCUCUCAUCUUUUCCUCCGAGUGCAAAGACCCAAGCAAGGAUAAAACAGGGAAAAAAGAUGUCGGGGUUAAACCGGGUGGUUGCAACAUGUUGGACUUGCCUCCUGCUCGCUGCUUUCCUGUGUGAGCCGGUGCUGUCCAAAGGGGGACGUGGAGGGUCCCGUGGCUCCUCUCGAGGCACCCACUCCCGGAGCUCCUCGGCGGGGAGUCAGCGGGGGUCCGGGCCCUACGGAGGGACCCACUCCCGCGUCCGGGCUGCGGGCCGGUCCUCCCCGGUGAGGGUCGCAGCUGCAGCGGCAGCAGGGGCGGCGGUGGCGGUGGCGCUAUCAGCGGAUAAAUGGUAUGCCUCUGCCUACAGACGCAGCAACGCAGACAGCUCCGAGGACGUGGAUUACUACAACAGGACCAAUUACUUUGAUUCACAAAUGUCAGGCUCAACAAAAAAUGGAUAUUCUCUUCCUCAACUGGUUUCUAUCAUUAUUGCAACAUUUUCCCAAAAAUAUGGAUUCUUUCAAGACAGUAUACUGUAGAUGUUUAGCUUGUUUUUUUUU